UUAAAAUAUGCAAAAAAAUAAUUUUAAAGUAUAUAUAAAAGUAUGGCUACAAGACAAUCGAAUACACAAUUCAAUUAAUUUUUACUAUCAACAUUAUACAAAAAAAGGAAAAGAAAAAACUGGAAUUCCAAGUCAUCCAAAAAAUCACCACCGUAUCUAAAUAAAGAAAGCUGGAACAAAUGGAAAGGAGAGAUAGAGAGAGGUUGGGUUGAUGAUUAUAUUCCUGCCUCAUGUUUGAUCUUUUUAACUACAUACCCAUCUUCUCCUCUCUUUUUCUUGCUUUUAUAAUACUGCAGAUUAAUUACAAUACUAUUCAUGUUCUCUUCUUCUGACACUUUCAUCUCCUACUUAACUAUGUCCCAUUCUGAUUUGUUUCUCGUUAAAGAGUAUAACGAAGAGAUGGAAUUCAACUUCUCCCAAAGACCCGGAUUCCAAUUCCAGGAUGGAAUUAUUUCUCAUCAGUGCCACCACCAAGAUCAAGAUAAAGAACAAGAACAAGAACGAGAACAAGAAGCAGCCAAGGUUGAAAUUACAGAAAAAGUGAAAGAAGAAUGCAAGCGUACAGCUUCUUCUGCAGAAUCUACAAGCCCUGUAACUUUAGGAGAGCUGAAGGCAACAAAUGAUGAUGAUGAUGAUGAAGAAGAUAAUGAUGGAUUCAAGACUCCGACAUCUUUGGAUCACAAAAUCCCAGUAACCAAACAAUGCCCGCCUGCACCAGGAAAACCCAAGAUUCCGCCGUCGGCAAAAAGAAAAGCACGGCACACAAAUGUACGAAGAAGAAAUCUACAGCUUGAUCUAUGUCAAGAACUUGAAUCGCUAUUUCCUAGGACGAUUCUUGAUGAUUUCUAUAACAAGAUGAAGAAAGCUCGAAGAGAUGAUCGAUGAUACUCCAGCAAGUUAACGUGACAAUGAUUUGGUAAGGCAUACUUAUAUAUCAAUGUUUUGUAGAAAAUGAUAUUAAUUCUACUCAUAAUAAUGCAGCAACUGAGAAUAGUAUUUGGUUUUAGUUUUUGUUUUGCUUAAUUAAUUUUUCUUCUUCUUGUUUCUCUCUCAAAUCAUAUUGGCUGGUGGUGUAAAGUAAAAGUUGCAGAAAGAUCAAAGAUUUAGCCCAUAAAGAAAGAUGUGGAUGUGGAAUUUUCCUACUUUA